AUGGCGGACACGGUCAUCCACCCCAGCGUCGAGCAGACUGCCGGGUAAGUUCAACGCACUCUCAAACCUUUUUGGCGGCGGCUUCAGACAAGCACUUCAUCGCGAAUCUCGCCUCGAGAUGGCCACGGCCGUAGGCUAUGGACGAGGAUCAUGUGCGACCGUCUCGACUGUUCGCAUUGGCCCUCUCCUCCCUCCGGACCGGACUCGAGAGACCAGCGGCUAAUACGCGCUUACUGCAGCACCAUCGAGCUGAAGGAGGACACCGUCAUCGUCGUCCUCGGUGCCUCCGGCGAUCUGGCGAAGAAGAAGACCUUCCCGGCACUGUUCGGUCUCUUCCGCAAUGGCUUCCUUCCCCGAGACGUAAAGAUUGUGGGAUACGCACGGACAAAAAUGGACCACGCAGAGUACCUCAAGCGGGUCAAGUCCAACAUCAAGACCCCAACUAAGGACAUUGAGCAGCAGCUUGAGACCUUCUGCGGCUUCACCACAUACGUCAGCGGUCAGUACGACAAGGACGAGAGCUUCCAGGAGCUGGAGAAGAAGCUCCAGGAGCUCGAGAAGGGCCAGAAGGAGACCAACCGUGUCUUCUACAUGGCCCUUCCGCCAUCCGUCUUCAUCCCGGUGUCUGAGCACCUCAAGAAGAACAACUACCCCAAAAAAGGCAUCGCCCGUAUCAUCAUCGAGAAGCCUUUUGGCAAGGAUCUUGAAUCCUCCCGCGAGCUGGACAGGGCAUUGCGUCCCAACUGGAAGGAGGAGGAGAUCUUCCGUAUCGACCACUACCUGGGCAAGGAGAUGGUCAAGAACAUCCUCAUUCUGCGAUUCGGCAACGAGUUCUUCGGUGCUACCUGGAACCGCAACCACAUCGACAAUGUCCAGAUCACCUUUAAGGAGCCGUUUGGCACUGAGGGUCGUGGUGGCUACUUCGACGAGUUCGGCAUCAUCCGCGAUGUCAUGCAGAACCACCUGCUCCAGAUCCUCACCCUCCUUGCAAUGGAACGACCAAUCUCCUUCAGCGCUGAGGACAUCCGCAAUGAGAAGGUGCGCGUGCUGCGAGGCAUGCCAAGCAUUGAGCCCAAGAAUGUGAUCAUCGGCCAGUACGAGAAGUCGCUCGACGGCUCCAAGCCUGGCUACAAGGAGGACGAUACAGUGCCAAAGGAGUCGCGAUGCCCAACGUUUGCUUCCAUGGUCGCUUACAUCAAGAACGAGCGCUGGGACGGCGUGCCAUUCAUCCUCAAGGCCGGCAAGGCUCUCAACGAGCAGAAGACGGAAGUCCGAAUCCAGUUCAAGGAUGUCACGUCCGGUAUUUUUAAGGAUAUCCCGCGUAACGAGCUGGUUAUCCGAGUUCAACCGAACGAGAGCAUCUACAUCAAGAUGAACUCGAAGCUUCCCGGUCUCAGCAUGCAGACCGUCGUUACCGAGCUUGACUUGACCUACCGGAGACGAUUCUCCGACUUGAAGAUUCCAGAGGCCUACGAGAGCUUGAUCCUUGACUCGCUCAAGGGCGACCACUCCAACUUCGUCCGUGACGACGAGCUCGAUGCUUCAUGGCGCAUCUUUACUCCUCUCCUCCACUACUUGGAUGACAACAAGGAGAUCAUCCCCAUGGGCUAUCCAUACGGUAAGCUUUGUAUGCUACAUGCAUUGAUUGAGACAGCUUACUAAUUGAGCAUCGAUAGGCUCCCGCGGUCCAGCUGUUCUCGACGAUUUCACUUCCUCCUACGGCUACAAGUUCGCCGACGCAGCAGGGUAUCAGUGGCCACAGCACCAGAUCGAGCCCAACAAGUUGUAG